UGUGUCAAUUGCGUUCCACGCUUACAAAAGCACAAUGACUGACGAAAUAGAAUAUAAUCCUUUCUUCAAGGCUCUACAAGAAGACUUUUCUGUUGUUUACGAGAAAGCUCAAUCAGAAUGUUGUACUAUAUGUAUUCCACAAACCACAUCUCUUCCCAAGUCGAAAGUGUCGUUGGAUUUCGUCGAAAUGCACAUUCUCAGUCCGUCGCCUUAUUUCAGAGGUCAAUAUGUGAAUUGGAACAAAUCUCGUGCCGAGUUUGAAAUUGAUGAAGACCUAAUAACUGCGAUAAAGGGUUUUCAGAAGCCAUUCUCAGUUCGAAUUUUGAGUGAAGAGCUUGCCUACAAUAAAAAAUACGAGCCGUUUAAGAUUCUUAUUCUUGAUCAUCCUUUGGAUCCAUCACUGACAUCUAGUCUUGUCUCAGAUACCACGGAGUCUGUUUCACAACCAGGAAAGUCAUCACUAGAGUAUUGUCAGUUCUUACAAUCUAAACGCCAUGCACAAAAGGCUCUUGCCCAGCUGGACAAAGAAAUCGUAGCAUUCAACAAAAACUAUGUCAUUGUAGAGGGAUAUCUUGAUCAGACGGCGUCACGGCUAGAAACCAUUUGCAAACAAAGUCUUCAGGUAAUUGCAAUCAGAGCACAUAUGAUUAUGAUGCAGAUUACGAAUACAUCAUCAAGUUGUUGUUUUGUUAUGGUUGAACAUAAGAAAUAGAGAGAACUAAAAUUACUUGUAUUUACUGUGUAAUGGAAUGGCAAGACAAUAAUGUGUUUGUGAUGUGGUAGAGUAUAUGUGAAGCUUUUCAACGUGAUGCUUGUCGUGUUGAUCAGAGAAU